ACUGCCGACGACGGUGCUCGACACUUGCUGCUGCUCGUCUCCGCUCGCAAAGGACAAAACCGCCCCGACCUCUGAGCCGAGUGCAAGCACAGUGAAUGGACCCUUAGCAAAGUGCGCAGUGUCGAGAGACAGUUUCCACAAUUGCGAAAAGCCAGCAGGCCAUGGACCCCAACCUGGUCGACGACUACGGCGAGUACGUGGAGGAGUUCAACCUGGACCACCUCCAGCCUGGCCAGCAGGUCAAACGCGAAAUCCUCGGUGACCGCCGCGGCCCCGUGGUCGCGAGCAACCCAACGCCCAUGGCCAGCCCCAACAGCCUGAUUCACCAGGGCGGGCCGGCGCCGCCGCCCCCACCGCAGCAGGUGUUGAUCGAGGGCGGCGCCGCCGUCUUGUACGGCGGCCAGCUGCACAGCAUGAACAACCCCCUGGCGUCGCCCACCCCGCAGCUGCACCAACUGAUCCCUCAGGGUCAGCCGCCCGGGCCUCUGCAGCCGCAACACGUCAUCCUUCAGCAGGGCAAGCCAGGUGAGAAUCAGCAGGGCAUGUUCACAACCAUGACUCCUUCUACGCCAGGGACUCCGCCUGACACGCCGCCGACGCCGCAGAACGAGUGCCACAACAGCUCGCUGCCGCCGUCGCCGACCUUCAUGUCCAACGGCCUGCAGCCAGGGAUGCACCUGGCCGAGGACGGCAACUGCUGGGUGGCGACCGGAAUGCGCUACAAUGGCGAGGCCGAAGGUCCUCUCGACCUGCGGGGCGGCAACGAGCCCCUGGUCAUGGAGGUCUGGCCGCCCAACCUGGGCUCAGGGCACCACCAGCGCCUGGGCCACCAGAAGCACAGCUACCUGGAUGACCACCUUGACUCGCCGAUGGCCCUUCAGGGACACAUGGGUAUGGGCAUGGGUAUGGGUGGCCGUGCGAUGAGUUUAUCGCCGGACAGUAGGUGCACGUCAGUCUCCUGCAGCAACAGCAUAAUUCACUCUACGGGGCCGGCCGACGCCUUCCUCACCGACGAGCUGCUCAUGUCCCUGAGUGUCCGCGAACUGAACAAAAGGUUGCACGGCUUCCCCAGGAGCGAGAUCGUCCGAUUGAAGCAGAAGAGGCGGACGCUGAAGAACAGGGGGUACGCGCAGAACUGCCGCUCCAAGCGUCUGCAGCAGAGACACGAGCAGGAGACGCAAAUCCGAAGUCUGCAGUCGGAGCUGCAGCGGGUGCGGCACGACUGUGGUCGGAUGAGGCAGGAGCGCGACCACUACAGGGAGAAGUGCAUGAUCUUGGAACGCAGGCAGCACCACAUUUCGCAGCAGCACCAACACGACCUGGAGGCCAUCAGCAACAACAACAACAACAAUCCGCAGCCGCCGCCUCCGGCCGCCAACGGCAGUUCGCCCUCGGACCCGAGCAACCCCAACUCGCCCGAAUUCCAGCAACUGCACGCCGUGGCCGCUUCUUACCAGUGACACGGGGGCGCGGGGCCCCUCGCCCCCACCGCCCACCCCCAGUGGUGCAAGCCGCCUCCACACCGGCCCCAGCCGCCCUCCGGCAUCCACCUGGCGCCGCUGCACACGCUGACGGCGCCGGCCCACCAGUGCCACUGUUGAGUGAAUUCUUUACUCGGACACCCUCGCAGGUGCCGCAGCCCUUGCAAGUGUAAAUAGUUUUUUUCUUAAAAAAAAAAAAAUUCAACAGGACGUUUGGACCUUUCGACGAGUGUCAAAAUGCAUAUCCGAUUUAAUUGCUUUUUGGUUCAUUUUGGGUCGGUUAUGUUUUGAAAUAAUUUUUCAUUGAAAUGCACAAAUUUAUAAAGUCGCUGCGUAAAUUGAAAAGGUUCUUCGGUGCGCGAUUCAUUUUUGCAAUAGUUUGUUUCGUAACAGUCACAUACUUCAUUGCAUUUAUUUGCUCACACUAUAUCCAUAAAUAUGUAUAGAAAUAAUAUAUAAACUCGGUGAAGUGUAUGUAUAUCGUACCUGAAAAAUUACAUUCGAGCGACACAUACCCCGGUCUCUGUGUUGUUAAUGAUUGUUUAAUUGUUGAUGGUUGUAUCCCCGCGACUUAUGAGAGGCACAAAACGCCCCAUAUAAAAUUAAUAAUUCUCAUCUUGCUCUUAACUUUUCUUACUGUUGUUAAAUUUAAAGAGAAAUUGGAAGAAGAAAAAUAUUAAAAUGAUGUACAUGUGAUUCUACUCGCGAGAGAGUGCUGAAUGUGCGGCAAAUCAAAAAGACAAAACUCGGUGCAAGUGUUUUUUUAAUUAAUUGGAAGGUCAUUAUGCAAUCAGGAAGUGGUAUUUAGACUGAUUGGUUCAAAAUCUCUCUCUGAUUAAUUUUUCUGAAUUUUCAUGCAAAAGUGGAGAUAAUAAUUAACGUUUAAUGAUGCGUAUGAUUAAUCGAGGAGAGACAAUGUGAUUGUAAAUUUAAGUCGUGCGGAUGAGUUUAAAAAUUGUCUUUGCGAAUUAUUUUCAUUUCUUACUAGUGAAUUUAAAAAAAAAUGACAACGAAAAACUACUUUUAUUAAUUUCUUUGAUGUUUCUUUUGUGUUUUUCAUUAGAUAAAUAUUACGUGUUUGCGGUCAGUGAAUGCUGAAUGUACACAAAAUGUUUUACGAAAAAGGGUAUGUAAUUUUACUACAAGUACUAUUAUGUCAGGAAAUAUUAAGAAAUAAAUGUCAUUGUUUUAAAAUUAAAUAAAAA